ACACAAAAUAAAAUAAAAAUUCACUAACGCUACUCUCUCUAUCUAUCUCUCUCGUCUAGCUCCACCACAGGCUAUGGAUACCCUCCACCACCACCACCACCGCCCCACUCCUCCGCCGAGUAGUUCCUCAACUUCCAUGGCCAAACGCCCUUGCUCUUCUUCUUCAUCUCAAAACCCUAGGCUUCCUCCUCACUUCUCUCAAAUGGACCAUCUCCUCCACUCUUUCCUUUCUUUCCCCGAUUCAUCUCCUCCUAUUUCCCUUGACCUUUCCUUUGACCGCCUUCUCGAUUCCUCCCCUUCCGACGCCGAUCAAUCUAUCCUCAUCGAUCGUGCUCACCGGCUAGGUUGCCUCCUCCUGCGUGCUGCCAAUCGUUCCGCUCGGAAACGUGCUUCGAUUCAUAACUCCGUUGCUUGGGUCCUCCCGCCUGAUCUCACUAUCAAGGUGUUUUCGAUGCUGGAUUCGCAGAGUCUUUGCUACGCAGCGGCGACGUGUUCGAUGUUUAACAAGUGUGCUAUGGAUCCUUUGUGCUAUGCCAAUAUUGACCUUACUACUAUCGUGCCUAAGGUUAAUAAUGCCGUUGUUUCCACCAUGAUCCAACGAGCUGGCAAAUCACUCCAAUCUCUUAAGCUUGGUAUAGUACCUGGCCCGACCGGGUCUCCUGGUUCCUGUCAACCAUUGGUGUAUACCAUCAGGAACUCUGGAGAUGUAUCGAGCUUUUCGUGGAACGAGAAAAGGACGAGGCAAGGAAAGGAAUCAUCCAUUCUUACAAGGUCCUGCUUAUAUCCAUUAAGUGGGGACAAUGGUGCCACUGGAAUUCUUCUGAGGAGGUUGCAUCUUUACAAUAUCGAAAGAAUGGACAAUGCAUCACUUUGUGUGGCAUUAGCAGCAUGCCCUUCUUUACUUGAUUUGGAGAUUGUUGGCCUUCAUGUUGAGCUGAGGCAAACUUUGAUGUCAGUGAGCUCUCAUUGUCGCUUCAUAGAGCGAUUAUUCUUUGAGUCUUCCAAAACUGGGAGGGAUGACAGCUUGAAAUCGCCAACUUGUUUUGAGUUAGUGAACAAUUGUCCUAAUCUUUCAUCUUUGUCGCUGAGAGGUUUUAAACUGCAUGAUAAUAAAGUUCGCAUACUUGUUAAGGGAUUCCGUAAACUUGAAUAUGCUGAUUUUUCAACGUCAUACUCGAUCACUGGAACCUUUUUGAGGAAUUUGGGAAAUGGCGGUGGUGGGAGUCUACUAGAGGUUUUAAUAUUAAGGGAUUGCAUGCAUCUCAAAGAGAUGGAAGUUGCUCGGUUCUUGACAGCUGUUAUUGCAGGAGAUUUUAAGUUCCUUAAACAUCUUGACAUAUCUAAUAGGGAAGGUUUAGCUUCAGAAGGUGACUGGUAUCAGAGAUCUUACAACUCCAGUUUGAUUCCUUUACAGCAGGUUUUGGAAGUAAGACCUGAUAUUUGUCUGCUAGCUGAGUUUCCAUCGGAAGGAUGCUUCCUUGACAUAGACCACAUGAUUGAUAGUGAUAUUAACAGUGAGCUCAGCCUGCCAUUCCAGCAGAGUGGCCAAACUUCUGACGGUGCAUUGGUUACGAGUUCAUUAGAGAGCAGUUAUAAUAGUGAUCAGGGUAGCGGUAAUGAGGAGUAUCAAGAUUCAGGUUUUGUAAUUUACGAGGAAAGCUCAGAUGAGGUGGAUUUUCUGAUCGUCUAAAAAAAUCUACCAGAGCUGACGAGUUCUGAAACUUGCAGCCACUAAAUGAUCGGAUAACCAGGAAGGAGGCUUUUUUUCCCCAUAACUGAAGCUGAUAAUUCGUUGCAGAUGCAGCCGUGGGGCCCUUACGGAGCUCUGUAAUCAUAAAAAGAAAAGCUUCUCUGGGGAACACCUUUUUUUUUGUUUCCCUCAUUCUCUCAUUACUCUUAGAAGCUAAUAUGUUUUCAGAUCAUGAAAGUGGCAGCCAAAUGGUUCAAGAGUUUAUUGCUAUUUGUAAUUUUGUAGUGAAAAUGGUUUUUGCUGAUUAUAUUUGGUUUUUGGCAAAAUAGCCAGUAGCAAUUGUAAGGCUUGUAUGCUGUGCAGGCAGGCACGAUUGACUUUGGUGAAACCAAAGCAGUGAAAAUUUACAUCUUCAGGGGGGUGGGGGUCAUUCGUUAAAUCCGACGAUUAUAAACGUAUACAGAUUUAACAUUUA